AUGGAGUCUUCUCAGAAAGGGCAUAGUUUGGGUCAGCCAGCGGCAAAGUUCCCCCGGAGCAUCUCCCCCCAGCGAGGAGCAGAACUCUUCCAAGGCACCCUGCUCCAGCCGGGGAGCGCACCCCCCCGAACCACCUCACUUCUGGAGGGGAGUGAGCAUUCUCAAGGCAUCCUACUUCGACAACGUGGGCCCGACAUCCCCCCGAAGCGCCCCCCUCAGCGAGGGACCAACAUCCCCCAAAGCGCCUCCCCUCAGCGUGGGACCGACAUCCCCCGAAGCGCCUCCCCUCAGCGAGGGACCGACAUCCCCCUCAGCGCCUCCCCUCAGCGAGGGACCAACAUCCCCCGAAGCGCCUCCCCUCAGUGGGGGGAAGCACUCUCUCCAGGCAUCCCGCUCCGACGAGAGAGUGAGCCUCCCCAGCUCGCUUUCCCCCAGCACAGGAAUGGGCUGUGCCAAGGUGCCCUGCUCCGGCGAGGAAGCGCGCCACCCAGGGCCACCGCGCCCCGGCGAGAGAGCGAGCUCCUGCGCAGCGUCUUCCCCCAGCCAGGAAGUGAUGGCCCACGCGGUGGCGCCCCACACACCACAGUGGAACUGAGAAGUGGGAAAUGCUCGGUCCAGCCAGGGAAGCUGUCAGUGACUUCCAGCCAUUUGCUAGUAACCCUGCAGCAGGGCCUCAAGGCCUCAAGGCCGGAACCCCCUCAGAGAGCCAGCCCCCCACCAGAGCCCAAACUGAACCAUGCAACAACGGCACUGGACAGACGCCCUCCCACCAGCAACGCCGAGCCGCCCGCGUCAGCCCCCAGGAGUGCCCCUUGGACAGAGGCUGCUUCAGCCGGCAAUGAUGCACCUCAGCCGCAGACCAAGCGAGCUCGCAGAGCCAUUCGCAACCCAAAGGACCAGACCACCCAGACUGAACCCAUCUAUGCAGUCUCCUUUCCCCCACGGACUGAAGGGACCCGCAGGGUCUCCCCCAGUCCCGACGCCGAAGGGACCCUCGGGGACUCCCCCCAUCCUGAUGUCAAAUGGACCCAUGGGGGUUCCCCCCGUCCCGAUGCCAAAGGGACCCGCCGGGACUCCUCCCAUCCCGACGCCGAAGGGACCCGCCAGGACUCCCCCCAUCCCAACGCCGAAGGGACCCGCAGGGCCUCCCCCUGUCCCAACGCCGAAGGGACCCGCCAGGACUCCCCCCGUCCCGAUGUCAGUGGGACCCGCUGGAUCUCCCCCCACCCAGAGUGUGAGUCGAGCUACCGGUGUGCACUGCACCGAGAGAUGGAAUCGAUUCGCAGGAGCUCCCAACAUCCAGAGACCGAAGUGACUCCCAGAAGCUCGCUCCAGCCAAAGACCGGAAGCACCAGCAGCUCCUUCUGUCUCCCAAAGGAUGCAUCAACCCAGACGGCCCCCUGUCUGGGGGUCCCACUGCACUCAGAGACCCACUCGACCUGCUGGGCCUCGGCCCAUGCCAUGAGUGCAGCCACCCGCAGGGGCCCCCCCCUGCCGCAGGCUGUCCUGGCCCCCGGGGAUUUACCUCCGAGAGCCUUAGCCAAGUUCGGACCUGAAUCGACAUGGUGGCCCUUGCUCCAGCCAGACUCCGCACAGCCAGGCAGCCAAGCUCCCAUGUGGCCAGGGUCCUCAGGGCCUGCGAGUGAGCCAGCUGCUGCUGGCCCAUGGCCCAUGGAAACAGACGGCGUGUGUGACGGCGCAGGUACCUCAGGCAACGACUCGACCGUGCCAGACAAGCACCUCGCGGCCGUCCCGUCAGAGCAGCGGCAGCCGGAUGGUGCAGAGCCCAGCUGUGAUGCCGCAGACAGGACCAAGCCAGCCAGGGAAAGAACCAUUCCCAGGUUUAGUGCUUUUUUUGUGGAUCUCACCGAUGAGAAGUACACGGACAUCCUGUGGUGGCUGAGAGGUUGGUGUCUCAUCUCGGUUCCUCCCAAAUCCCACGGGACCCAAGAGCUCCUCUCCCUUUCGCGAAGGCUCCCCUACCCCCUGCGUGCUCAGGUCAGCAGCAGCAACUGCAACCAGGAUUCCCACCUUGCUAUUUUUGUAGGACCUACACAAACACUGGUUUGCUUUUGCAUGGUUAUCCCCUGCAUCACAGACUGCAUUAAAGGUGGCUCUUAA